GCGCAUGCUUCACUUUGACGAGGAAAGACGGAAUAGCGACUGGGGAAACGCCCCCGUGUCUCCGCUUCCGCAAUCUAACACCAGCCUUUCUCUCUCCUCAUCUCCAAAAACUGGAAUAUCUAAAUAUAUCCUCUUGCAAUAAAUUCGCUGUAUCCGAACAAAGUCCAGGCUUUACCCAAAAAGAAAACAAAACGAAGUCCAGAGAUCCAUCUUUAUCCUCUGACAAAACCCUAGAAAUUCCUCUCUCACCGCUGUUCCUGUCCUACGGACCGACCACGAAGAAGAAACGAUGGAGAUGAUGGCCGCUCGUUUUGGGCUCCUACGCUCUCUCCUUCUGGCGUUCUGCCUCCUCUUCCCUUCCGCCAUCGUCGCCUCCUCGGUGGCGUACUGCAAGAAGGGAGCUGACUAUGCAGUUAAGGUCAGUGGUGUUGACAUAUCUCCAGAUCCGAUUGCACGGGGCAAGCCAGCUACGUUCACCAUCUCUGCAUAUACUGGGAGUGUCAUUCCUGAAGGAAAAUUGGUUAUUGAUGUCAAAUAUUUGGGAUUUCAUGUAUACAAGGAAACUCAUGACCUUUGCAAGGAGACAUCAUGCCCUGUCUCAACCGGUGCAUUUGAGAUAUCCCAUAAACAGACAUUACCAAUAUUUACACCACCGGGCUCCUACACACUUACAAUGACAAUGACAGGAGAAGAUGAGAAGCCACUGACAUGCAUCACCUUUGAUUUCUACAUCGGAUUCUUCUCAUCUGUAGCUGAUAUCUAAGUGGUUCAAAUAUGAGCUAUCAAUAGUAUAAUGUGUAUCAUGCCUAGUCUUUUGUUCAUUGACAUCACCGAACUGGAUGGAUUUCCAUGUGGUCGAACUCUAUGGUAUCCAUCAUCAUGCAUGAAUGCAAUCCAAGUCAGUAUGAAUGUUCCAUAUUUCCGCUGGAUUAUGAAACAAAUGGUUUAGAUAUGAGUAGUUCUUCCCUUCAAA